CACGCUUGUUCGCCAACGACUUGCUCCAUGUGGUUAUAUUAAAACUCACUGCCCGCAGGACAAUAUCUGUAAUCUUGAGAGUGUGUCAAUUGAUCGGCGAAUCGCCACAGGAUGUGUUUAUUCAGUCCGUUGAGAGCGUCAGUUGGGCUGUUGGCUUCACUUAGUCUCAUCAAUGCCCGACCAGCCAUUUUUAACAGGCCUCGCCAUCUCGAGGUCCAGGCACAUCGUGGAGGGCUCGGUAUGAGAAGUGAGGAAUCGCUCUGGGCAUUCGCGUACGCAAUAGUCCGCUCUCCCUAACAAUCCCCCACCGCGCCGCCGUCCCCCAAGACUCACAAACAACACCAGGAAGUCGGCGCCGACGUCCUUGAAAUGGACACAGUCUUCACCUCCGAUCGCGUGCCCGUGAUAUGGCACGAUCACUCCAUCCAAGCCGACAAAUGCCGCGGCAAGUACGUAGGCAAGUUUAUCGCCGAAUUGACCCUUGAGCAGGUCAAAACACUCGACUGCUCCGUCCCCCUGGCCAACCACCCACAGCAGGUGGUCCACACGCCCACGCGCAUCGCCACGCUCGUCGAAGUGCUGGAGCUCAUCCAAUGCUACGACGACCCGGACGUGCGCAUCAAUCUCGAGACAAAGCUGGACCCGACGGCGCCGCACGAGACGCUCCCCAUGGAGACGUACGUCACGGAUCUGCUGCCGCUGCUUGGGAAACACGGUUUCCUGGGCCGCACGACGAUUCAAUCGUUUGACUGGCGCACGCUGGUCGCCAUCCGCGAUCGGUAUCCGCAGCAUCCUGAUCUUGUCGCGCUCGUCGAAGCUAAGUCUCUCGUUCCGGACGCGCAGGGCGCAUAUCCUUGGCUGGGAGGCCUUAAUCUCGCCCACUACGGUGGGGAUUGAGUCGCUGCGGCGGCGGACACGGGUGCGGUGUUCGUCUCGCCGAUGCAUGGUACGCCGACUAGUGCGUCUGUGAAUACGCCGGGGUAUGUGCCGUUUGUGACGGCGGAGGUGGUCAAGCGGGCGCACAGGAUGGGGAUGGGUGUGGUGCCGUGGACAGUGGACGACGAGGCGACGAUUAGCAAGCUUAUUGAUGAUGGAGUAGACUCUAUCAUCUCAAACUACCCGGAGCGUGUGUUCGCAGUGGCCACAGAAAAUGGUCUGGACAGCGGAAAGGCGACGAAUUCGCAUAGACCUGAGUGUUUGGUGAAAGCAUGAAUGGAUCUUGACAGGGUAGAGAUGAGAUAUGGUAUACCAUAGGAAGCGCAAUGCGCAAUGUAGUAACUGAGUCUAUACAAACGAGCAU